ACUGCUGCCAGAAUCAGCACUGUUCAUCCGCUUGCGUGUGCUGUGGAGUGUCGAUAAUCUCUUCCGAAAAGUCAAUUUUCUGUAAAAUCGUGAAAAAUGUUCGCCCGUACACUGAAAUCUGUUGCUGCUCAGGGAGCCAAGAACUUCUCCACUACUAGCCAGAACAAUGUCAAAGUGGCCGUUUGCGGUGCUUCCGGUGGUAUUGGCCAGCCCCUGUCGCUGCUGCUGAAGCAGAGCCCGCUGGUGACGGAACUGUCCCUGUACGAUAUUGUCCACACACCCGGAGUGGCUGCCGAUUUGUCUCACAUUGAAACCCAUUCGAAGGUCACCGGCUACAAUGGUCCGGAAAAUUUGGAGAAAGCUCUGGCUAAUGCCGACAUUGUUAUCAUUCCGGCCGGUGUCCCCCGCAAGCCCGGUAUGACUCGUGAUGACCUGUUCAACACCAACGCUUCGAUCGUCCGUGACCUGGCCGCUGGUUGUGCCAAGGCUUGCCCCAAGGCCCUGAUCGGUAUUAUCUCGAACCCGGUCAACUCGACAGUCCCGAUUGCCUGCGAAACCCUCGCCAAGGCAGGCGUGCUGGACGUAAAGCGCGUGUUUGGUGUUUCCACGCUGGACAUUGUUCGUGCCAACACCUUCAUCGGUGAAGCCGCCGGAGUUGACCCGCAAAAGGUUAAUGUUCCAGUCAUCGGAGGUCAUUCCGGUGUGACAAUCAUCCCCGUUCUGUCGCAGGCCACCCCGUCGGUUAGCUUCCCCCAGGACAAGGUCGCCGCUCUGUCCGAACGCAUCCAGGAGGCUGGUACCGAAGUCGUCAAGGCCAAGGCAGGAGCCGGUUCGGCUACCCUGUCGAUGGCUUAUGCUGGAGCACGUUUCGCACUGGCUCUGGCCCGCGCCAUGAACGGCGAGAAGAACGUCAUCGAAUGUGCUUACGUUCGUUCGGAUGUUACCGAAGCUAAGUACUUCUCCACUCCCCUGCUCCUGGGCAAGAACGGACUUGAGAAGAACCUUGGACUGCCCAAGCUGAAUGCUUACGAACAGGAACUGCUGAAGAAGGCCAUUCCAGAGCUGAAGAAGAACAUCCAGAAGGGUGAAGACUUUGCCCACAAGAAGUAAAGCGAUCCGAUCAGUAGGCGGCGCGGUUUACAUACAUCAUCGAAAAACAUAUUAAGUACAACAACAAAAGCGCAUUUGGCAUGCUACUACCAGAGAAACAAAAACUACCAUCCCCUUUAAAGUCAUAAACAUAAGUCACCGCGUGAAAUCGCAAUGUCUUCUCUUUGAAAGACGAAAAAGAAACACAAAAGUCGAAUGAAGUGGAAAACCUCAUAUCCUAAAGAAGGUAUUGGUCCUAGUAGAAUUAGGAAAGGAAAGGAUACAAAACAUAGAGAAUAAAAUUCGCAAAUAAAGUGUUUGUUUGGGC